GUCCUACUAUACCCCCUACAUAUACUCGUGCCGAUUACUCCGAUCCUACACCACGUCGGAGAUUAUCCUGGUGAGUAAGUAUCGCUGCCGGCGGCGGGGAUUAAAAUAAUGGAACGACUAGUCAACCAAAGAAACCACGUUGCUGUAAUAUCAGUACAUGGCAUGACAUGUAAUUCUUGUGUGGAUCUCAUCCAGCACGCAGUAUGUCAGCUGAAAGGCAUCAAUGUUGUCAAGGUGAAUUUGAGAGAUGCACAAGCUGUGGUUGAGUUUGACCCUAAAAUCUUCAAGCCUGACAAUAUUGCUAGCAUAAUAUCUGACAUGGGUUACACUGCAGCAGUGCAGAAGGAGUUCAAACAUUCAUCUGCUUUUUAUCAGCCACCUUUGGCCUCAGAACAUCACAAAUCCACCGUCAUUCAUGUGGAGGGAAUGGUGUGCAUCAACUGCGCUCAGAUUAUAGAGUCAAAUCUUCGGAAAAGGAAAGGAAUCGAGCAUAUUUUAGUCAGUAAUGAAGAAAAGGUUGCCCACGUGCUAUAUGACACUAAUGUUCUCUCUAUUGAGAACAUUUGUUCUGCCAUUGAAGAUCUUGGCUUUGAAGCUACAUCUACAAGUGCCCAAGUGGAUGAUGUAAUUCGUCCAACCCCAAUUCAAUAUGCCCAUGAUCAGCAGUCGUGUGUUAUUAGGAUUGAAGGCAUGACCUGUUCCUCAUGUGUCGAACAGAUAGAAUCAAAACUUAAGGAAUUGGAAGCUAUUGAGUCUAUCCAAGUAACACUUAAAGAGAAGGAAGCAAGGAUAGCUUACAAUGCAGGUCUUACUACUCCAAAGGAAAUAGCUGCAGUGAUCUGUGACCUGGGUUACACUGUCACUGAUGUUGAUGGUGUUGCCAGUACAAAUGACUUCAUAUCCCCUAAAGGUUCUCCUGUCAAGGAACCAGUUACAGUGAAGGAGACUGGGAGAGCUUAUGCAAAGUUCAAAGUGAUGGGCAUGACUUGUGCUUCCUGUGUGAAUAAGAUUGAGAAAUAUAUUGCAGGAAAAACAGGGGUUCACUCCAUCCAAGUGGCACUCUUGUCCGAAUUGGCCACAGUCGAGUUUGAUGAAAACCUCACUGAUUCUGACAUUCUAACGAAGGACAUUGCUUCCUUGGGGUUUUAUGUUAACCUUAUUGCAGUCACUACUAGGACAGAGUUCACCACCGUCAGAUUCAAGGUGGAUUUGAAAGGAGCUCAAGCAGUAGACAUUCUGAAAACAUCACUUGGAAUGGUGGAAGGGAUUGUAGAUGUGAAGGUGUCACCUUCUGACUCAGUGGUCCAGGUGGAAUUUAACCCAAGCACAGUGGGGGUCAGACACGUCCUGAAGAACAUUGAGGCAGUCGGCCAUGAUGCUAUGCUUAUACCGUCCGAUCCCACACUUCAUUUUUCUCAAAAAAGGACUCUUAGACGAUGGGCUGUCUUACUUCUGCUAUGUGUGCUAGUGGGCGUUCCUACAUUUGUUCUGAAGUUCACACCUGCUCCGAAACAUGAAUCAAACAACGGCACCAUUCAAGAGUGGUGGCCCAUUACCAGAGGCCUGUCUGUUGUCGAUUUGCUUCUUUUCCUCUUUUCUACCAUUAUUCAGGUGGUUGUUGGCUAUCCGUUUUACAAGUCCUGCUUCAAGAGCCUGGCUCACAGGUCAAUGGGGAUGGAUAUGUUGAUUGCAACGGCCACAUCAGUGGCCUAUGUCUACUCGGUUGCUGCUCUGAUCACAAACAUGGUCACUGGAUUGGAUUAUGAGCUCUUCUUUGAUAGUGGUCCACUUCUUUUACUCUUUAUAUCACUUGGGAAACUUCUGGAACAUAUAGCCAAGGGCCAAACUACAAAUGCUCUCUCAAAACUCCUAUCACUGCAACCAACAGAAGCUGUCCUGCUUUCUCAUGAUGAUGAAAACGUUUUCAGGGAAGAAAGAAUCAGUGUGGAUUUAGUGCAAAAGGGUGACAAGUUAAGAAUCGUACCUGGUGACAAGAUCCCAGUGGAUGGCUGUGUGGUGGGGGGGACUUCUAUGAUUGAUGAGUCCCUCAUCACUGGCGAACCUCUGCCAGUUCUCAAGAGGGAGGGAGACCCUGUCAUUGGAGGUUCCAUUAACCAGAAUGGUGCACUUGUAAUAGAGGCUACUCAUGUUGGCUCUGAUACAAUGUUGUCACAGAUUGUUAACCUUAUUGAAGAAGCUCAGACAUCAAAGGCACCUAUUCAACGUAUUGCUGAUAGAAUGGCUGGAGUGUUUGUGCCAUUCAUUUUGACAUCAUCUUUGAUUACAUUUGCUGGAUGGAUGACAGCCAUCGGUGUCUGUAUAGGAACAAAAGAAGACAUAACAUUCAACAGCACAAACGUCUCGAGUAACGACACACUGGCCUCCGGAGAGACUGAGUGCUACUCUGUGGCACUAGCAUUCCUUCAUGCAAUUUCAGUACUUGUGAUUGCCUGUCCCUGUGCCCUGGGCUUGGCCACACCCACUGCAGUGAUGGUGGGUACAGGAGUUGGAGCCAGGAAGGGGAUUCUCAUAAAGGGAGGAGAGCCAUUGGAGAACCUGUGCAAAAUAAAGGUUGUUGUGUUUGAUAAGACUGGAACUCUGACCUAUGGCAAGCCAGAGGUGAAUUGUGUAAUAAAGAGUGUGUCGGAGGCUAUGCUGCCCUUGAGGACCUUUAUUGGUGUUGUGGGCUUGGCAGAGUGCUGCAGUGAGCAUCCACUUGGACUCGCAAUAUCCAACUUUGCUAAAAAGGUGUUCGGAGAUGGACUGAGUGGAGUGUGCACUAAUUAUCAUGCAGAACCUGGUCUUGGCCUCAGCUGCAGUGUGAAGUUAUCAGCCCUGCCCUCUGUAAUAGAUAAAACAGCACUCCUUCAGUGCGUGAGACUACCAGUUACUGGCUCUCCAACCAACCAACCCCUGGUGGACCUAGACCAUACAUACCAGGUUCUGAUUGGAAAUCGGCUGUGGAUGACGUCAAAUGGUAUUGAUAUUGAUCAGGAAUUGGAACGAAGGAUAACUUCAUAUGAACAGAGGGGACAAACAGUUGUGCUGACUUCCAUUGCUGGUAUCCUGGUGGGAGCAGUAGUAAUUCACGAUAAGGUCAAACCUGAGGCUCGGCAAGCAAUCAAGUGUCUGCAGUCCAUGAAUGUAAAGGUUGCUCUUCUCACUGGGGAUAACCGUAGAACUGCACUGGCAAUUGCACAAGAAGUUGGAAUACCAGAGGGAAAUGUUUGUGCUGAGGUGCUACCUUCUCAUAAGAAAGACAAUGUUACUUUUUUCCAAAAAGGGAACAUUAAGGUAGCGAUGGUUGGGGAUGGAAUCAACGAUAGUCCAGCUCUGGCUCAAGCUGAUGUUGGUAUUGCCAUUGGCACUGGAACUGACAUCGCUGUAGAGGCAGCAGAUGUUGUUCUUGUAAAGGUAUAUCUAUAUCUUAAUAGCAACCUGCUGGAUGUGAUAUCAUCAAUCAAACUGUCAAGGAGAACUGUCAAAAAAAUCAGAACCAAUUUCCUUUGGGCAGUACUUUAUAACUUCAUUGGGGUGCCAAUAGCAGCUGGUGUCCUAACUCCAGUAGGAAUAACCCUGCAGCCCUGGAUGGCAGCGGCUGCCAUGGCUCUAAGUUCAAUAUCAGUCAUUUGUAACUCUCUUCUCCUCCGAUGUUCAUGGUCAUGCCUGUCACUGAGAAGGCAAAGGGCUGGAAUUAACUCUGAGGACUCUGCAGAUGAGCUUUUACAAUAUCCUGGCGAAUCAGAUAAAACUGACUCAUUGGUCGUCUCAUCGGCCGUGGACGUGAGAGUAGUGAGAGGUGGAGUUUACACGACUUACCACUGGCAUAUGCAGCAACCAAUCUACUGGCCGGAUAAAAUACCGAGCAACACAAGAACCUACCAGAAGGCUUUUGAUUCACUUCAGCUCCAAUCCAGCCAAGGCAACCACCCUCAGCAGAACAUUGAUGAUAUCUUUGGAAAAGAUGAUAGAGUGAAUGACUACCAACACUAUGCUCUGGAUGCUGUUCGGAGCUGUGAGCAGUAUCAGGAUAUGGGUGCACAGGCCUUUUCCCAGCAGAGAUGGUAUUCACAGAAAGAGCCUGGUGGAAGCUGGUAUAGAGUGGGUUAUAAUCACAUAUCAAGAGCUUGCAGAGGUUAUCCAUACUCACCACAUGGAGACAAUAACAGCCCACCAAACCCAGCUGAUCAGGUUAAUCCAGCCCAGUCUGCUUACUUCAAAGAGUCAAUUUCAAGAGGCUGUACUCCCAACAAUGCUUAUCCGUUCUCAUAUCGGCCUCACUAUGCUCAGUAUGUGGACCCAGAGACCGGAAAUGUUUCCAAAAUAAUAGUAGUCCCUGCAGCAAUGGCCAUGAGUUGGGUAGAUGGAUAUGAGUGCUAUGGCAUUCAGGACAUUCAGAAGAUAGCGGGCAGCAGUGAGCCUGACCACCCUUUACUUAUCUUACUAGCCCAUGAUGGAGACAAUGCAUUUGGUGGAGGAUAUUCAUACUAUGAGCAGUGUGUGAAACAGUUUGUUGAUCAAGCAGAGGAAGAGGGAUACACAGCAAGUACAAUCCAGCAGUACUUGAGUCAGUUCCCAGUCGAUGAAGAAGAUAUCAUUCAUGUGGAAGAUGGAGGGUGGGUUAAUCCUGAUGGAGAUUUUGGUUCUCCUCAGAGCCUCCAAUGGAACUAUCCACUGCAACCCAAGGAUGCUCAGGCUGGGCAGUUUGAUAUUGAGAAUGGCUGGUCGUUGGAUGAGAGGAACUGGGCAAUACUCACAGCCACUGAAAACACUGUGGAGACAGCGGAGCAGGCAAGUAGUCAGUGUGAAGGACAUAUUUAUUUCUAUGUCUACAGAUGUCGGGAGGAGUGAGGCUGAGUGAGAUACAGGAACCUUCACCAGAUGCUACAGUAAACACUACACUAAUAAUUGUUCAUUAGGUUAUUGAACUAAUAAAAAACACAGGAUGCAGAGCUUGCCUGGCACUUUUUCUUGCCUGGGCUGACCUCAGGCUACAUGUACUAUGGCGGGUCUCAAGACAUGCCAGUGAAACAGACUGUUGCAUGCAAUAAUGCAGUCAGUCAUGCAAACUCUUCAAUUUCCAAACAUAGUACAGUAGGAGACAAGACUCCUCCUACUGUGUGGACACUGCAGCGUCUCCCCUGGAACCCCGGUGGAUGUGGAAUGGGAGAACUAUGGGGAUACAAGUAUACUCCAAUGCCCACCGACUUCUAUAUCUGGACAUUUGCAUAUGAUGUUUCUGGAAUAAAGAAUGUCACAUUUCAGUAUCGUGAGGACAAAGAUGGGAUAAACCCAAUCAGUGAUACAAACAAUGAAGUGUAUCAGUCUGACUUGGAAAAUGUAGGCCCCUGGAUAUCUAUGGCGAUGGUACACCGUAUUUUCCCAAAGGGGAAUAUUUAUAAAGCUUCAAUAGACCUCACUUGUAACAGCAGUGGGCAAGUUUGCAUUCCAUCCAUCAUUGCCGAUGAAUAUUGGGUGAAGAUUACAUCCCUAUCAGAUACUCUGAUUGACUAUUAUGUUUCGGCAACAGACACACUUGGAAAUGUUAAGAAGACGGACAUUUACCAUGUUUAUAUAGGCAAUGGAACAGCAACUUGUACAGAUUAAGCUCAUUGGCAAAUGACUAUAAUAUGCACAAGAGACUUUAUAGAGUUGUGAUUUCGGUGUUCAUAGACAUUGUGAUGUAUAGUUACAUUACUCUUUGAGUGCAUCGUGA